GUUGGCUCCAUAUUCUAUAGUGUCAUUAAAUUCUAAGGGAAUUUUUUCAAAUUCUUCAUCAAAGCACAAGUUCUUGUAACCAUGCAUUUAAUAUGGCAUCAAUUUACUCGUUACAUCAAUUAUUAGCGAAAUUAUUGCAUUGACACUGAAGUAUUUACAAUUAAUAAAAAAUUGUGAUAAUGGCUGAUGUCGAUCCAGAAACUCUUCUUGAGUGGCUCAACAUGGGUCAAGGUGAUGAAAGAGACAUGCAACUUAUUGCCUUAGAGCAACUCUGUAUGCUUCUAUUAAUGUCUGAUAAUGUAGAUAGAUGUUUUGAAGUUUGUCCUCCUCGGUCCUUUUUACCUGCUUUGUGUCGUAUAUUUCUUGAUGAAAGUGCUCCUGACAGUGUAUUAGAAGUUACAGCCCGUGCUAUUACUUACUAUUUAGAUGUGUCAGCUGAGUGUACAAGACGUAUUGUUGCUAUUGAUGGAGCACUAAAAGCUAUCUGUAAUCGACUAGUAGUAACUGACAUUAAUUCACGUACAAAUAAAGAUUUAGCUGAGCAAUGUUGUAAGGUGCUGGAACUUAUAUGUACACGAGAAGCUGGUGCAGUGUUUGAGGCAGGAGGCUUAAGCUCUGUAUUGUUAUUUAUUAGUGAAGCAGGCUCUUGUGUACACAAAGAUACAUUACAUUCUGCAAUGACUGUUGUCUCAAGAUUGUGUACUAAAAUGGAACCAAAUGACACAUCAUUGCUAACAUGUGUUGAAUCUCUCUCAACGAUGCUUAAACAUGAUGAUCCUCAUGUCUCUGAUGGAGCAUUAAGAUGUUUUGCAUCACUAUCUGAUAGAUUUACAAGACGUGGAAUAGAUCCUGCACCAUUAGCUCAACAUGGUCUUUUAAAUGAGUUAUUAUUCCGUUUAUCUUCUGCUGCUGGACCAGCAGUAACUAGCAUUGGAACACCUGGAUUAAAUUCAAAUACAUGUACUUCUGAGGUUAAAUCUUCACAAUCUAUAUCAACAGUUAUUAGUUUAUUAACAACUCUUUGCCGAGGAUCAAAGUCAGUAUCUCAUGUAAGUAGUUUUAAAUCUCCUCCGCAUAAACCACAAGUAUCAGUUGGUGAGACUACUUCUAACACAAUCACAUUAAUGUUAAAACCUUUUGCUAAUGAUAAAGAACCAGUUCAUGGUUAUACGAUUAAAUAUAAGCCUGAAUUUGGAGACUGGCAAACAGCUCAAGUAGCCGCUAAAGCUGAAAAAUUCACUCUAGAAAACUUGUGGUGUGGAUCACGUUAUCAAAUAGCUGUAACAGCUUACAAUUUAAUUGGUACAGGCGAUGAGUCAGAUAUACUAAUUACAAAAACAACGGGUUCAAAACCAAAAAUACCUGAAGCAAGCAAAUUUAUAGAAGUAUCUGCUACCAGUGUAACUCUCCAUCUAAAUGCUUGGCUAGAUGGUGGUUGUCCAAUGUUAUAUUUUGUAGUGGAACAUAAAAAAAAAAUGCAACCAGAAUGGACUCAAGUAUCUAAUAAUGUAAGACCUGGUGGUAAUUUUGUAGUACUUGAUUUAGACCCAGCUACUUGGUAUCACUUGAGAGUAACAGCUCACAACAAUGCUGGUUUUUCUGUAGCUGAAUACGAAUUUGCUUCACUCACACUAAGUGGAAGUACUAUUGCUCCCCAUGUUCAAGAUGUGACAUCUAUUUAUACAUAUUUUCCAUGGAUACCUAAAUGGAUUGAUUUGAACGUAGUAGUUCCUACUACUGCUACAAUUAUUGUUAUUAUUGUUGGUAUAAUUGUAGUUUGUGUUGCUUGGUCUCGUAGAGUUCAUGAAAAUGGACAAACAAGAUUACGAGAUGAUAUGACUGUAUACAAUCAAUCUAUGCUUAUGGGUGGUAAUACACUUGAUAAGAGACAUGCAGAUUUUAACGACGAACUGGGUUACAUUGCACCUCCCAACCGAAAACUUCCACCUGUUCCUGGAUCAAAUUAUAACACUUGUGAUAGAAUAAAAAGAGGUUUUCCCGGUCCUUACAAUGGUCAUGGUACAUGGAACCCUAGAGCGCGUCAUAUGUAUGAAGAACUUAACGAUAAUAGUCCUAGGUGUAGAGGACAUUUACCCCCUUGUCCAGGUUCUGACGAAACAAUGUACACCCGGUGUAGAGGAGUAGAUGGUGAGGAUAUUUGCCCAUAUGCAACAUUCCAUUUGCUCGGAUUCCGUGAAGAAAUGGAUCCUUCUAAAAUGCCUUUCCAGACGUUCCCACAUCAAAAUGGUCAUUGUGGAACAAUGGGACCCGGCGGAACUAUGGUUAGCAAUGGAAUGAUGCACCAAUGUCCAGGGACUCAAACCAUGCCACGAAACGGGCGUUAUUCACACGUUGGUGGAGCAGCUAGUUCAAUGUUUUCACCUGAAUACGAUGAUCCAGCAAAUAUAGGUGAUGAAUACGGAAGUCAAUAUGGUCAAUAUGGUGCUCCAUAUGACCAAUAUGACGGCCGCAAUUCAAUUAGUCAUCAGAGUGUUGGAAGUCUAGAACCACCUCUACCUCCUCCUCGAAACCAUGAUCCAAAUGUUAGUAAUACUAGUAAUGAGGCCAAUGAUUCCAAAGACAGUAAUCAAAUAUCAGAAGCCGAAUGCGAUCAACAUAAUGAACUACCUAUUCAAGAGAUUAGUGUUCAUUCAAAAGGGAAUACUAAAGACGGUAUGACCACUGAAGAACUUAGAAAACUUAUUGAAAGAAACGAAGCCCCAGCAGGACAACAACGAUUCCAAAGCGGAGGGCUCACAACCUACGAUACUGUGGCAGUGUAACCUCUAGUCAUCCAAUAUUACAUAACUUAACUUUAGUAUAUACCAAUACUUAAUCUAUCUAAAAAUUAUCGAGACCCUCUUCCAUUAUUAAGUAAUGCACUAAUAUUAAUUAGUUUAAGUCAUAAGCACAUAAAUUUAAAUGACAUUUAUACAUUAAAGUUAAAUUUGUAGUGAUAAAUU